AUGGACGGCCAAGUGGAGGAUGGGCCCGACAGCUCGUCGCUAAAGCCCGUCUCUUCCCUAAGAGCGCGCUUCGAGAAUAUGGGCAAGCCGAGUGAUGCCACCAGCACAGCGUCUUCACCAGUCACACCGUCGCCGCGGAACAUAUCGCCAUCUCCGAAGCCCCCUCCAGUGCCCGAUACGAGACCUGUCCGAACGACUACACCUCAAGGCGAAGGAAACCAGCCGGCAAGGGAAGCGUUGAAACCUACGGGACUCCAGAUUCCAAAGCCUGGCUUGGACGCGGCUUCUAUAACUCACACAACGGGUACUCCUAUGAGCCCAAGACCAAUGAAGCCGCCGCCACCCCCAGCGGUCCUGAUCGAUCCUCCUCACUCGCCGCCGAAAAGCGUAGCAGCCAACACCACUUUGGGCUCAGAAAAUGGCCAGCUUCUUGUUGACCCGACCAGAGCACCCCCUACUCCGGUCGCGUCCUCGCCGCGAACAUUCAAGAUCCCGAGUGCUCCUCCUAGCAAGCCUCACACUCCGGGCCUGGAGCCACGUCGAUCGCCCAGGCUCUCCGCUACUCCAGGGCCGCCUUCACCUCCUCCGCCGAGACGCUCCGGAGAAAUAAAGCGGGACGGAGAUGCAAGAGGUCGACCGCCCGUACCGCCACCGAUCAACCGCGCCGAAAAGCCCAGCAAUCGACUGUCGCACUUGUUGAGCUUAGACACCCACCGACUCGAGGCGCCUGCCGUGGUCCCCGAGCAAUCGCCGUUCAAUAGCCCGCCCAGCAGCCCAGAACACGAGCAGUCACCGCCCAGACUUCCAAGUCGUCCCGCCACGAAGCCGGCCGCCAAGAUACCACCCAUGGCCAGGAAUAAUACUGUGCCCGUGCCAUUUGAACCGCCCCCGGUGCAUCCGUCGACAGCUGCAAGGAGAGAAGUCAAUGGCGGUGGACGAGGCGUAGUUUCUGCUGCUCCAGAGCCGUCACUAGCGCCAGCUUUGCCUUCCCGACCUCAUACUGUAAUGGAUGCACAGCCGGCAAGAGCACCAUCUGGAGCGAUGAGGCCGCCACCCCGGCCACCUCGGCCAGGCGUAAUUACUUCAAACAACUUGGCAAAUGCCGACAACAGUGCAGUAUCUACUCAAUCUAAGCGAGCAGUCUCGACACCAACUUCAGCACAGAACCCACAAUUUGCUCCUCCGCCGACUCGUACUCAUGGAAGGUCCAUGACCGUGGACAGGACAUCUGACCGUACACCCGCUGAAUUCCGGGAACCACCAAGAAGAGGUGGUACCGUGGUCGACAGGAGCACUAGGACAACUCAGUCUUUGGCAUCUACUCCAACCCCUAGACUACCAACGCAAGCCAUAUCACAGUUUCCAGAUGCUUCUCAAGUCAAUAGGCGGCCCCCCUUUGCCAAGAAGGGCCAGCACGAAAUUUAUACGAAAUAUGAUACCCGGAUCAUUGAUGUUUGCGGGCCAUAUCUUUGUACCAGUGGCCCGCUGACCCGUGUGUGGAGUCUACUGGAUGGGGAGCUCCUUAUGAGUUUCACUCAUGGAGAAGGCGUCAAGGCCACUGCAGUAGCCUUCAAAUGCGGUCUUGGUGUCGAGGACGAAGCGACCCGCCUGUGGAUUGGAAAUAAUCUAGGUGAGGUAUUGGAAGCCGAUAUUGCCACAGCAUCGAUUGUUGGCAACAAAUCCAUUGCCCACGGCCGAAGCGAGGUCAUCAAGAUCUUCAGACAUUUCAAUGAGAUGUGGACAUUGGACGAGUCUGGUGGGUUGCACGUUUGGGGCCCAGACGGCGAAGGUUCUCCAAACUUGAAUAAUGCUCCUCACCAAACUUUCCGCCUCCCGAGAGGCCACACUUUCUCCAUGUUGGUGGGCGAUGAGAUAUGGCACGCAACGGGCAAAGAAAUCCGUGUCUUUGCCCCGACACUCGACGGCAGAACGCAAGUCCAGGUCCUGAUGCGCCCCAUGGUGGCAGAAGGGGCUGGGGAAGUUACGUCAGGAGCAUUGAUCAAGUCGCAUAAAGACAAGGUGUUCUUUGGCCAUGCUGAUGGAAAAGUGAGCAUCUGGUCUCAGCAAGAUUUCACAUCUCUCGGUGUGAUCAAUAUAAGCCCAUUCAAAAUCAGUUGCCUUGCAGGUGCUGGUAAUUUAUUAUGGGCCGGCUACAACACGGGCAAGGUUUGUGUCUACGAUAUCGAACAAUCGCCAUGGGUCGUAAAGAAGGAUUGGCAGUCUCACGAUGGCCCCGUGCUCAAGCUCCAGACUGAUCUAGCCAGCUUUUAUCGGUUGGAUCGGCUGCAGGUCAUAUCACUGGGAGCCGACAACAUCGUGAAGGCCUGGGAUGGACUUCUUCAGGAGGACUAUAUCGAGGACGAGAUGAAACGGCUGGACACCCAGUACUGCGAAUUCGAGGACAUUAGGGCAAUGGUCAUGACAUGGAAUGCAGGUGCCUCUACGCCAAGCAGUCUCAGAUACUCGGAGCAAGACUCCGUCUUCAUUCAAAACCUCCUCCAAUCGAGCGACGCGCCAGAGAUUCUGGUUUUCGGAUUUCAAGAAUUGGUUGAUCUUGAAGAUAAAACGGCAACCGCGAAACGAUUAUUCAAGUCUAAAAAGAAGGAUGCUGUGACAGAUCAGGAGCGCAUGAGCCAUCAGUAUCGCGACUGGCGCGAUUUUCUUGCUCGCAGUUUGGACGAUUUCAUGCCAUCCGACUGUCUAUACCAUCUGCUCCAUUCGUCCACCUUGGUCGGCUUAUUCACCUGCAUAUUUGUCAAGUCGACGGUACGAGAUCGCAUCCGAAAUCUGAGCAGUGCAGAUGUCAAACGAGGCAUGGGGGGUUUACACGGAAACAAGGGUGCAAUUGUUGUCAGAUUCGUGCUCGAUGAUACUUCAAUGUGUUUCAUCAACUGUCAUCUAGCAGCUGGUCAGUCCCAGGCGAACAGUCGUCACAACGAUAUCGCCGCCAUCUUGGAAGGCAACCUGCUACCGGUUGAGCGGGAUGGGGGCAUCCGUAUUGACAGUUACGUUGGCGGCGGCGACGGGUCCAUGAUCAUGGAUCACGAGAUCUGCCUGCUCAACGGCGAUCUAAACUACCGAAUUGAUACAAUGUCACGAGAUACGGUGGUUGCUGCCGUCAAGGCCAACAAUCUCGCAAAGCUCCUCGACAGAGAUCAACUGCUUGUUGCAAGACGACGCAAUCCGGCUUUCAAACUGAGGGCUUUUGAGGAAAUGCCAAUCACUUUCGCGCCAACGUAUAAAUAUGAUGUAGGGACGGACAAUUAUGACACCAGCGAGAAGAAGCGUUCUCCUGCAUGGUGUGAUCGCCUCCUUCACAGAGGCUCUGGCAGAGUUCAACAACUUGAUUACAGAAGACACGAAGUCCGAGUUUCCGAUCAUAGACCGGUGUCUGGACGUUUCAAGUUUACAGUCAAGACCGUUUCCCCCAAGCGACGUGCUAUGACUUGGGCGGAUUGCCAGCAGCGCUUUGAAGACCAAAAGGAGAGGGAGGCGAACGAAGACAAACUUUUCUACCUCAUGCAUAUCAUUGGGUACGAUGCUGCUACAAGUCAACAGAUCAUUCAGGAUCGAUCCAGGCGGAAAAUGUCCCGAAGUCCUAGUCGUCGCGUUGCAUAG